CAGAUCCCCUCUAUUUUUGUCCCCUUUUUGGUCCCUAAUCGUCGCUGAUCUCUGUUUUUCUGGUACUUUAUGGGUUCUUCUUUGUCUAGAACGCGAGGUGAUUCUGGGGUGGGAACUUCUGGUCAAAGAAUCCCCGAUUCCAACUGUGAUUGGGGAUCCAAGUGCAACUGUCCCAAUAACGAGCAUUCCUACUCCGCCGAAUAUAAAAACAAUCUGUAUUUGGCCCAAAAAGAAAAUACGAGUACUCGAAACUAUUUGGAAGAAUGGUUUCGGAAGAGGGAAGUGGAGCCAGGAGAGGAGGUUGAGUCAAAAUAUGACGAUCGGAAACCCACUCCCUCAGAUCUGCGUUUUUUCGGUGAAGGAGAUUCCGAUGAGGAACCAAGUGGGUCUGAUUCAUUUGAUCUGGUGUAUGUUGGAGAGUGUGAAAAUGAGAAUGGUGAUGCUGUUGGGUCUCCAGGACAACUUUCAUCUGGUUAUCCCUCCUCAAAGAAAGGAGAAAAGGGAAAAAAAUCGGCUUCAGCAUCUGAUGAUGCUUAGAUAACAGGUACACCAAAAUUUCAAGCCUCAAUUCAUUAUUUAUUCUAGGAGUCCUAGGCUUAUGAUGAUCUGUUCUGGGUGUUGCUGUUUGAUGAUGAAUUGGUGAUGCAUUUUCUGAUGGUGGUGGAAAGUUCAAAUCAAAAAGAAAUGGUACCUCUUGAAAGUUGGUAGUUUGCUGGUGCCCUUCCCCUUCUACUUCUGGUACUUGCUGUACAUAUUCAGUGCUGUUUGGUACAUCUUCAUUAAACCCAAUGUCCCCAAAAUCAGCAGCAGUAUUUUGAGAAGCUUGUACCAAGUCAGCAGCAUCAUCACCUACCUCUGAGUCAGAAUCGGAGUUAAUGCCAUCGCCUUCAUCAUCAGAAAAUCCGAGGAAAUCGUCAUCCUCUUGAUCUGAAGCCAUUAAGUCCCCUGUUUUUUUGCUAUUUAAUGCUGAAUUGAGGAAGAAAUUUUGGUGUUUUGCUUGUAUUUAUUGAACUUGGUAAAAGUCAGAUUUUGGUCUUUUGUGGGGGGAAAGUGACCCUAUUUAUAAAGGGAAUUCACUAUGUCAACCCCUCAAAAAUUUGGAGGGAAAUUAAAAAUCCCCUGUUUUUUUAUUUGGGGGGAAAAUUUGGAGGGAAAACUGAAAUCAAUUGUUUGGACUUAAUUUCCAGCCAAAAAAAACGUGAGUCAUUGUAUGAUUAAAUCUGAUUGGUCCAUGUAACAGCUGAUGGGUCCCAUACCCCAUGUGACUGAAUUUUUUUUCUGAUUUCUUUCAUUACUUUAAUAAAAUAUCUACUUUUCUCCCUAUUAAUUAAA